AAAAUAUUUAAUCUGUAUUUAUUGUUUAUAGGCGCAUCACAUGACCAUUUAUUUGUCCCCGUGACCAAGUUGAGAAAAUUCAAAAAUAAUUACGCGCAAUGUCCAAAGUGGAAUUAAAGGUGGACGUAGAAGAAAAUUCACUUGAUAACAGUGCUGACAACGAAUUACUAGUGGUAAUGGAAGAUCCACUUUACGAGGAUACCAAAGACAACGUACAAUUAGUUUCACCGAGCUUUUUAGACAACAACGAAGAAGAAAAUAAUACGCCCUACAAUUUUCGCGACUUGUCUGGUGCAGUAACAUACAAACUAGUCCAUAUGACUGGAGAAAAAAGUAACAAUAAUAUGGCAUCACAUUCACCAGCACACGUAAUUCCUAAUGGUGAAUUUUAUGUUAUAACCAAUUCCGAUGAGGUGUUCACAACCACGCCAGCUCAAAAGAAAGCAAUAAGAAGGCAACCAUUGCAAACAAAAGCAAUAACUACAGCUAAGAAACGGGAUGACAAGAGACGCGCGACACAUAAUGAAGUUGAACGGCGGCGUCGUGAUAAAAUCAACAGUUGGAUCACUAAAUUGGCAGCUUUAGUCCCCAACUCAGGUCUACCAGAUGCAGCAAGCAAAGGCGGCAUACUGGCUAAAGCAUGUGAUCAUAUAACAGAACUAACGGAAAAACAAAAAAGGUUGGAAAAACUAGAAGUGGACAAUGAUAAACUUGUAUUAGAAAUAUUGAGACUGAAUCAAGAGCUGUCGAAAUUGAGGGAAGAAAACACUUCGAUGCGGCAACAAUUGGCUGACAACUGCCAAACUCCACAGACUUACCAUAGACCAAGGGGACAGAAGUCUUAGUUCAGGGUAUACAGUGAAUGAACUUGAACAAAUUGUAAUUUGUGAGUGAAUAAGGUGCUGUUUAGACGCAAGUUGAGGUAUGUGAACAUAUUUAGGGAAAAAAAACUUUGAAGUUCUGUUGUUCAUGUCUUGUUUUUUUAGUUUUCAUUCUUUGUUGAGAUUAAGUCGUAAAAUGAUGAUAGAUUUAACUAUUGGUCCUAAGUUUAAAUUUGUUUUAGUUAUAGUCAGAAUAGCCCGGGAGAUAUUUUGUAUCUUAUUAGUUUUGGUUAUUUUUUUUUCAAAUAAAUGUAGCUGGCAUGUAAAAUAAGUUUAGAAUUGUCAGUUGUAUUGUAAAAAUGUGACAUCACAUUACAUUAUGUAUGAAAUGUUAUUUAUUAAUAUAUAAGUAGUUUUUAUUGUUAGGAAAUUAAGUUUUUUUUUUAAAUAAAUUAAUAAAUAAAGUUUCUAUUAGGAACUUAUUUUGAGUUACAAUAGCAGUUUAAAUUAGUAUGUCUUGUAGAUGUUAAGGCAGCCAGGUUUUGCCAAUAAUGAUAUUAAAAAAUAUUUUAUAACAAAAGAAAUCAUUGUUAAAAAACAUAUUGUCAUUAAUUUCUGAUAGAUUUGAUAUAUCUAAAGUUAAUGUUACCUUUAAAAGUUUUUCCUUUAUUGAGAGGAUUUAACUAAAUAUUAGUACCUGGAAAUUAAAAAUAUUUUUACAGUCAUCAAGUAUUCAAUGUAGUGCAAAUAUUUCUUAGUUUAAAAUGUAGUUUUUGUUUUCAAAUUUGAAACAGUGUUUUAUGUUUGGAUCAGAAGUGU